AUGGUACCUCGCCAGCCCUCCAGUCAGCCGCGUCGGGUCCUGGAGGUGGGAGAGGCUGGUCCACCAGGCUACAUGAGGAGGGUGACAGUCAGGAGAGGAUCAGAGGACUCAUCCUCCACACCUAUUAAAGGAUUCGCUGGAGCACCAGGUCAGUAGUGGUGGGGAUGUGGACAGAGUUACUACCACAAUGUUAUCCAAAUGUUGCCCAAAUGUUUUAAAUGCUAUGAGAGAUUAUAACCCAGUGAAUGCUUUCUAAACCACCAGGACACAACCUUCUGAAUGUUUUAAAUGCUAUGAGAGAUUAUAACCCAGUGAAUGCUUUCUAAACCACCAGGACACAACCCUCCAGGGAAGCCAGUCUCCUUCAACAAAUGUGAGACGAUCCCAGUAGCUGCCAAGGUCCCCUGGAACCCAGCGUCACAGACCCCACUAGUUACACCAGGUAACACAACUCUAAUCAGAUCAAAUCACAUUUUAUUUGCCACAUGCGCCGAAUACAAUAGGGGUAGACAUUACAGUGAAAUGCUUACUUACAGUUGAAGUCAGAAGUUUACAUACACCUUAGCCAAAUACAUUUAAACUCAGUUUUUCACAAUUCCUGACAUUUAAUCCUAGUACAAAUUCCCUGUCUUAGGUCAGUUAGGAUCACCACUUUAUUUUAAGAAUGUGAAAUGUCAGAAUAAUAGUAGAGAGAAUUAUUUAUUUAAGAUUUUAUUUCAUCCAUCACAUUCCCAGUGGGUCAGAAGUUUACAUACACUCAAUUAGUAUUUGGUAGCAUUGCCUUUAAAUUGUUUAACCUGGGUCAAACAUUUCGGGUAGCCUUCCACAAGCUUCCAACAAUAAGUUGGGUGAAUAUUGGCCCAUUCCUCCUGACAGAGAUGGUGUAACUGAGUCAGGUUUGUAGGCCCUUGCUCACACACGCUUUUUCAGUUCUGCCCACAAAUUUUCUAUUGGAUUGAGGUCAGGGCUUUAUGAUGGCCACUCCAAUACCUUGACUUGUUGUACUUAAGCCAUUUUGCCACAACUUUGGAAGUGUGCUUGGGGUCAUGAUCCAUUUGCGACCAAGUUUUAACUUCCUGACUGAUGUCUUGAGAUGUUGCUUCAAUAUAUCCACAUAAUUUUCCUUCCUCAUGAUGCCAUCUAUUUUGUGAAGUGCACCAGUCCCUCCUGCAGCAAAGCACCCCCAUACCAUGAUGCUGCCACCCCCGUUCUUCACGAUUGGGAUGGUGUUCUUCGGCUUGCAAGCUUUCCCCAUUUUCCUCCAAACCAACAAUGGUCUUUAUGGCCAAACAGUUCUAUUUUUGUUUAAUCAGAUCAGAGGACAUUUCCCCAAAAAGUACGAUCUAUGUCUCCAUGUGCAGUUGCAAACCGUAGUCUGGCUUUUUUAUAGCGGUUUUGGAGCAGUGGCUUCUUCCUUGAUGAGCGGCCUUUCAUGUUAUGUCAAUAUAGGACUUGUUUUAAUGUGAAUAUAGAUACUUUUGUACCUGUUUCCUCCAGCAUCUUCACAAGGUCCUUUGCUGUUGUUCUGGGAUUGGUUCGCACCAAAGUACGUUCAUCUCUAGGAGACAGAACGUGUCUCCUUCCUGAGCGGUAUGAUGGCUGCGUGGUCCCUUGGUGUUUAUACUUUCGUACUAUUGUUUGUACAGAUGAACGUGGUACCUUCAGGCGUUUGGAAAUUGCUCGCAAGGAUGAACCAGACUUGUGGAGGUCUACAAUCUUUUUUCUGAGGUCUUGGCUGAAUUCUUUUGAUUUUCCCAUGAUGUCAAGCAAAGAGGCACUGAGUUUGAAGGUAGGCCUUGAAAUACAUCCACAGGUACACCUCCAAUUGACUCAAAUGAUGUAAAUUAGCCUAUCAGAAGCUUCUAAAGCCAUGACAUCAUUUUCUGGAAUUUUCCAAGCUGUUUAAAGGCACAGUCAACUUAGUGUAUAUAAACUUCUGACCCACUGGAAUUGUGAUACAGUGAAUUAUAAAUGAAAUAAUCUGUCUGUAAACAAUUGUUGGAAAAAUUACUUCUGUCAUGCACAAAGUAGAUGUCCUAACUGUCGUGCCAAAACUAUAGUUUGUUAACAAGAAAUUUGUGGAGUGGUUGAAAAAUUGGUUUUAAUGACUCCACAAUAGUAGUCCACAAUCAUCUCCUUUGUCUUGAACACGUUGAGGGAGAGGUUGUUAUCCUGGCACGACACGGCCAGGUCUCUGAUCUCCUCCCUAUUGGCUGUCUCAUCGUUGACGGUGAUCAGGCCUACCACCGUUGUGUCGUCGGCAAACUUAAUGAAAGUGUUGGAGUCGUGCUUGGCCACUCAGUCGUGGGUGAACAGGGAUCCAGUUGAGGGGCCCUCGUGUUGAGGAUAAGCGUGGCAGAUGUGUUGUUCCCUACCCUUACCACCUGGGGGCGGCCCGUCAGGAAGUCCAGGAUCCAGUUGCAGAGGGAGGUGUUUAGUCCCUGGGUCCUUAGCUUAGUGAUGAGCUUUGAGGGCACUAUGGUGUUGAACACUGAGCUGUAGUCAAUGAACAUCAUUCUCACGUAGGUGUUCCUCUUGUCCAGGUGGGAAAGGGCAGUGUGGAGUGCAAUAGAGAUUGCAUCAUCUGUGGAUCUGUUGGGGCGUUAUGCAAAUUGGAGUGGGUCUAAGGUUUCUGGGAUAAUGGUGUUGAUGUGAGCCAUGACCAGCCUUUCAAAGCACUUCAUGGCUACAGAUAUGAGUGCUACGGGUCGGUAGUCAUUUAGGCAGGUUAUCUUAGUGUUCUUGGGCACAGGGACUAUGGUGGUCUGCUUGAAACAUGUUGGUAUUACAGACUCAGUCAGGGACAUGUUGAAAAUGUCAGUGAAGACACUUGCCAGUUGGUCAGCGCAUGCUCGGAUUAUACAUCCUGGUAAUCCGUCUGGCCCUGCGGCCUUGUGAAUGUUGACCUUAAAAGUCUUACUCACAUCGGCUACGGAGAGCGUGAUCACAUAGUCGUCCGGAACAGCUGAUGUCAGAGCAAAAACCAAGCCAGGAGGUCGAAGGAAUUGUCUGUAGAGCUCCAAGACAGGAUUGCGUUGAGGCACAGAUCUGGGGAAGGGUACCAAAACAUUUGUUCAGCAUUGAAUGUCCCCAAGAACACAGUGGCCUCCAUCAUUCUUAAAUGUAAGAAGUUUGGAACCACCAAGACGCUUCCUAGAGCUGGCCACCCGGCCAAACUGAGCAAUCGGGGGAGAAGGGCUUUGGUCAGGGAGGUGACCAAGAACCUGAUGGUCAAUCUGACAGAGCUCCAGAGUUCCUCUGUGGAGAUGGGAGAACCUUCCAGAAGGACAAUGCCUGAAUGCCGAGCGUCACGUCUGGAGGAAACCUGGCACCAUGCCUACGUUGAAGCAUGGUGGUGACAGCAUCAUGCUGUGGGGAUGUUUUUCAGUGGCAGGGACUGGGAGACUAGUCAGGAUCGAGGGAAAGAUUCAUGGAGCAAAGUACAGAGAGAUCUUUGAUGAAGACCUGCUAUAGAGCGCUCAGGACCUCAGACUGGGGUGAAGGUUCACUUUCCAACAGGACAACAACCCUAAGCACACAACCAAGACAACGCAGGAGUGGCUUCGGGACAAGUCUCUGAAUGUCCUUGAGUGGCACAGCCAGAGCCCAGACUUGAAACCUAUCGAACAUCUCUGGAGAGAUCUGAAAAUAGCUGUGCAGCGACACUCCCCAUCCAACCUGACAGAGCUUGAGAGGAUCUGCAGAGAAGAAUGGGAGAAACUCCCCAAAUACAGGUGUGUCAAGCUUGUAGCGUCAUACCCAAGAAGACCUGAGGCUGUAAUCACUGCCAAAGGUGCUUCAACAAAGUACUGAGUAAAAGGUCUGAAUACUUAUGUAAAUGUGAUAUUUCAUUGUUAAUGUAUUUUUUUAUUAGCAUACAUUUCUAAAAACCUGUUUUUACUUUGUCAUUAUGGCGUAUUAUGUGUAGAUUUGAUCUGAUGAAAAUGUAAACAAUUUUAGAAUGAGGCUGUAACGUAUCAAAAUGUGGAAAUGUUAAGUCAACUCUUUCCGAAUGCACUGUACACAUUUUUUCAUUUUAUUUUUUUCCCCAGCACUACUUCAGGGCCAACACAAAAAAAAAACAAACAAGGGGGACAAACAACACCACCAGACACAAGACAACACAAACACCCCAAACAAAAACAACCAAACAAAACAAAACACAAACAAACCACCCCCACCACCAAACAACACAACAACACAAGGACACCACAAACACAAACAAAAAACACCCCCACAACACAAACAACACAAACCCAACGCACCACACAACACAAACAAACAAAACCCAAAAGCACAAACAAAACAAGGGACACCACACAACGACAACAAAACAAACACCACACCACCACCAACACAAACAAACAAAAACCAAACAAAAACAAACAAAACACCACCACAACACAAACAAAACAAACACCACCACCACCAACAACACAAACAAAAAGGGGGCACCAGACAAGCACAAACAACAAAACACAACAACAAAAACAACACAGGGGGGCACCCCCGCCCAACAACCAAACAAAACAGGGGAAAAACACACAGAAACAAACAAGACAAACCCCCAAAGGGCCCAAACAACAAAACCAACCACCACACAACACAAAACAAAACAAACACCAACAAACAAAACAAACAAACACCACACAAGGACAAACAACACAAAAACCAAACAAAACACAAACAAAACACAAACACCACAAAACAAAGACCACAAAACACCCACAACACAAACAAAAAGGACACCCCGAAACAAAACAACACAAAAACCAACAGACAAAACAAAAAAAACACCAACAACACAAACAAAAACAAACACCCCACAGGCGACAAAACCAAAACAAACACCAACAACGAAAACCAAAACAGGAGACCCACACAACACAAACAAAAAAACACCCAAACAACAAAACAAACAAACACCACACAAAACAAAAAACCCAAAACCAACCGGGCCACACAACACAAAACAAACCCAAUAAAAACCCCAAAAAACAAAACAAAACAAGGGACCCACACCACAAACAAAAAAAACCACGACACAAACAACACAAACACCACACAAACAAAAACCAAUAACCCCACAAAACAAACAACACAAAACACCCCAAACACAAACAACACAAACACACAAACACAAACAACCAAAACCCCACAAGGACAAACACACAAAAACACCACACAAACAAACAAAAAAAACCCACAAACACAAACAAAACGAACACCCCACAACACAAACAAAACAAACAAACCCCAAAACACAAAACAACACAAACACCACACCACCCAAAACAACAAAAACAACACAAACACCACACAACACAAGACAAACAAACACCCCAAACACAAACAACACAAGACCCAGAGACCCCACAAGGACAACAAACAGGAACCCAAAAACACAAAAACACAAAACCCGACAGACAAAAAAACAACACAAAACCCCACCCACCACCACACAACGACAACAAAACAAACACCACGACAAGGGGCAAACAAACAAUACACCACCCACAAGCACAAACAACCAAAACAAAAACGCACCACACAACAAAAAGACAAACAAACCCCCCACAACAAAAACAGACAACACAAACAACACACAACCCCAAACAAACAAGGGGACCAACGACCACACAAAAACAAGACAACAAAAAGACACCACACAACAAAAAAACAAACACCAACAACACAAACAACAAAAACCCCACACCCCACAACACAAAACAACACAAAACACCAAACCCCAAACAAAAAACAAACAAACACCCCACAACACAAACAAAAAACAGAAACACCAAACAACACAAACAAACAAGGGGGAAAACCACAAAACGACAAAAAAAAACAGGGGGAACCCCCCAACACAAACACCAAACAACACAAACAAAAACCACCACAACACAAACAAAAUAACACAAACAAAGCACCAAACAAACAAGGAACACCCCACAAGCACAAGAAACAAAGGGCACCAACAACACAAAAACAAACACCACACCACAAAACAAACACAAAAACAAAAAAGGGGCACCACACAAAAACAAAAAAACAAACACCACAAAACAAAGACAACACCAAACAACACCCCACACAAACACAACAAAACAAAAACAACCACAAAACAAAACAAGACAAACACCAAAACAAACCAAAACAAAACCAAACCCCCCCCCCCCUCCCCCCCCCCCCCCCCACGACAACAAAACAAAACACAAAACACCCCAAAAAACAAACAAACAAACACCACUAAACACAAACAAAACAAAAACCCCACAACCAAAAAAAAUAACAAACAAAACAAACCACAAACCCCCCAAACAAAACACAGAACACCCCCCAAAACAAACAACAAAAAAAACAAACAACAAAGAAAAAAAAAACACCACAAAACGAAAAAACAACACAGGGAACACCACACAAAACAAAAAAACACAAAAACACCCAAAAAAACAACCCAAGACAACACAAACACCACACAACGCCCAAACAAACAAAACACCACAAAAACAACAAACAAAACCCACACCACCAAAACAACACAAACAAAAAAACCCCAAAACACAAACAAACAAACACCACCCCAAACAACAAACACAAACCCACACCACCAACAAAACAAACAAACAAAACAAAUAAAACAAAAACAAAAAAUAAAAAAACAAAAAAUGGCAAUAAAAAAAAAAAACAAAACAAAAAAAAAAAAAAAAAACAAAACAAAAACCAAAACAAAACACAAAAAAAAAAACAAACAGGAACAAAACAACAAAGAAAAACAAAACAAAAAGGAGGACAACAAAACCCGACAAAAAAAAAAAACAAAAACAAACAAAAGGACAAACAAAAACAAACAAACAAACACCCCAAACAAAGACAACACAAAAACCACACCACCACAAAAAGACACAAACAAAAACACAAAAAACCCACACAAGGGACAAAACAACAAAACCCCACAAACAAGAAACCAAACAACCACACACACAAAAAACAAACACCCCCAACAACACAAACAAACAAACACCAAACCACACAAAAAAAAAAAACAAACACCCACAACGACAAACAAACAAAAAACACCACGACGCACCCAAAAACACAAGACAAACAAACACCCCCCCCCACACAAACAAAACAAACAAAAGGGAAAAACCCCCAAAAAACAAAAAAACAAACACCAACAACACAAAAAACAAACACCCACAAAAACAACGACAAACAACACAAACACACAACACCACCAAAAAAAAACACAAACACCACACAAAAAACCCCAAAAACAAAACAAACACCAACACAAAAACACAAACAAAACAAAAACCCCACAAACCCCAAAAAACAAGGGGCACCCUACAACCCCCCAAAAAAACCACACAACACAAACAAAAAAACACCACACCAAAAGACAAAAAAAACACAAACACCACACGCAAAAAAGAAAAACAAGCACAAACAACACAAACACCCCCAAAACACAAACAAACAAAUUUAUUUUAAAAAUUAAAAAUAAUUCUUUUUAGUCAAAUAAAUACCUUUUAAAAAUUUAAAAAACUUUUUAUAAAAAAAUAAAAACAUAAAAAAAAUUUUUUCCCACUUUUUAAAAUUUUUUUUUAAUUUUACCAACCCCAAACUUCCAUUCAUCAUUUACAAAUAUCUUUUAAAACCCCUAUUUCUUUUUUAAAACUUUACACCCUAUUUUUCAUUUCUUUUAAAAACCAAAAUAAAACAAACCCAAAAAAUUGAAAAAAUUAAAACCCCUAAAGUUCAAUGCACCAAUAUUUCCCUUUCAAUCAAAAAACAAAUAUUUUUUUCUUCCCCAAAUUCAAAACCCUUUUUCCUUAAAUUAAAUUUGGACCCCUUUGGCUUUUUUUUCCAGUUGGCAAAGUACCCAAAAAACCCAAGGAUUUAUACUUUUCUUUUCCCCUUAUGUUGGCAACUUGGUGUUUUCCUUCUUUUGCCCGGGGGUUUACUAUCCCAACCAUCCAAUUUCGUUUUAGUUUUUUUUUGGGGUUGUAAAAAAUUUAAAUUUUAAAAAUAUACCUCCCCCUUUUUAACAUUAAAAAUUUUCCUUUACCAGCCGGGGGGUUUGUCCCCCGUGGCUUUUUGAAAAACAAAAAUAAUCCCAUUUAAACAAACCCCCAAAUUAAGGUAACUGAAUAAAAAGCAAUAACCCCCCUUUCAUUUGGGGCCGUAGGAUAAACCUUUAUUUUCCCCUUUUAAAAAAAAUUUUUUAAAACUUCAAAUAAUAUAAAAUUUUUCUGUUUAAAUAACAUUUAAACCUUGGAACUUGUUAAUUUGGGCUAUUUUUGGCCACACCCAUGGUUUUUUGUUUACUGAUUUAAGGGGAAAUAAACAUUAUAAGGGGGGUGCUAAAAUACAGUGGGUUCCCUUGGGUGCUCUGAACUAUUAGGGUUAACCUGAAUUUCACCAAAACUGUCCCCUUUGGAAGCUUUUUAAGGAAAGAAAAGGUUUUUUAAAUUUAAAAAACCCCUUUGGGAAAAUUCCAUAUAUUUACACACCCCAAAUUUUGGGGUUUUCUGACGGGUUGGGGACUGUGCUGCCCCCAAAGAAAACGGGAAAAGGAAAAGGGGAGCCAGUAUUAACACCCUUUCAUUCUUUAGACUCUUUGUUUCAAAAGGGGUUUUUCCCCCCAAAAAAAUUGUUUUUUCUAAAAAGUUUGGGGCCCCCCAAACCCGAAAUAAAAAAAAAAAAAAAAAAAAAAAAAAAAAAAAAACGGGUUUUUUGGGGGGUUUUUAGGGGUUUAGAAAUUUUUUAAAAAUCCGUUUUUAAAAAAAAACCCCUCCCCGACCCCCCCCCCUUUUUUUUUUUUCCCCCCCCCAAAAACCCAAAAACAAAAUAACUGUAGCCAUAUUACUUCAACAGCAUUUAACAUGAGAUCCUCUCUACGCUUUACAGGAAUAUGACUGAAUAUAAACAGCAAUACCUCCUCCAUUGGCAUUCCUGGCUUUUCUGUAGAUGUUAUAACCUUGUAUUGGUACCCCUGUAUCAUCAAAGGAAUUAUCUAAGUGAGCUUCAGAGAUAGUCAGUAUAUAAAUGGUUUCUGUUGCUAGCAGGUAAUCGAUUUCAUUAACCUCUUAGGCUACAUAUGUUAAUGUGGGCUAUUUUUAGCACAUUUCUGGGAUCCUUGAUUGUUUUUAUUGCUUUACUGGGAGGCUUAUCAGAGGUAUACAUGACAGCGAUAUUUAUAUUUGAGCUGAUAGUGCAGGGUGAACUGCUCACAGUGGGCUUCCUACUAGGGCAAAAUGUCUCAGUGCUAACAGUAUAACUCAGGGUCAUAGGCGCAUGAUUACUGCUGACAAUAGCUGUCCGUUUGGAAGAGGCAUUUAGAGGAACAGAAAUUAGGUUAUUUACAUUAUGACUGCCAACACCCCUGGGAAUUUGCUGCAGCACUAUGACAGUUCAGCGACACAAUGGUAGGGAUUAUCUGAGCAGGGCUUGGGUCACUGAUAAGUCAUUGUCUCAAUGCAGCCUUGAAAUGCGAGAACAGGGUCCAGGCACCGAGAUGAUUUGGAUGGACACCGUCAUUCCUGUAGAGCAUCUUCUGUUUCCAAAAGGUGUCAAAUGUAUCUAUAAAAGUUAUGCAAACAGAACUACAGUAAUCUUUUAGCUAGAUGUGUAAUGCCAGUAGCCUGCUGAACCUUUCGCUGCCGGGGCCCAGCGAUGGCACAGGGCCUGAAAUAAUCGGCUGCUUUUAGGGGUCUUUCAGAGCUAGAAUCUUUAAAAUCCAGUUUCAGCACCUCCGAGCUAGCCCUUCUAAUGUUGUUUGACCCCACAUGGCUGACCAAGGAUCCGGUGCAUCAGACAUCCUCGAGGUCCGUUAAGAGGAGGAGGGCAGCAGAUCCGAGUCUAAGGCAGAGUCCCCCGGGAACAUGGAGGAUCCGAGUCCAAGACAGAAUCCAAGGCAGAAUCCCCCUGGGAAAGAGUCUGUAUAGGUGACGAUGGCAGUUGAACCUCCGAAGCCAGGAGGGCGAAGCUGUUCGACAACUGGAUUUGGGUCGGGCUUCCCAACGCUAAAGAAACCCCACUCGCCACAGGCUGCUUCCCUCCAUUUGCCCUAAGGCGGGUGACGUGCUUCCAUGGUUGGUCAGCAGGAAUGGUGACAGUACCCAGUUGCAGAGGGAGGUGUUUAGUUCCAUGGUCCUUAGCUUAGUAAUGAGGUUUGAGGGCACUAUGGUGUUGAACGCUGAGCUGUAGUCAAUGAACAGCAUUCUCCCGUAUUCCUCUUGUCCAGGUGGGAGAGGGCAGUGUGGAGUGCAACUGAGAUUGUGUCAUCUGUGGCUCCGUUGGGGCGGUAUGCGAAUUGGAGUGGGUCCAGGGUGUCUGCGAUGAUGGUGUUGAUGUGAGCCAUAACCAGCCUUUCAAAGCAUUUCAUGGCUACAGAUGUGAGUGCUACAGGGUGAUAGUCAUUUAGGCAGGUUAUCUUGGUGUUCUUGGUCACAGGGUCUAUGGUGGUCUGCUUGAAACAUGUAGGUAUUACAGACUGGGUCAGGGAUAGGUUGAAAAUGUCAGUAAAGACGCUUACCAGCUGGUCAGCGCAUGCUCUGAGUACGUGUCCUGGUAAUCCGUCUGGUCCUGCGGCCUUGUUAAAGUUAACCUGUUUAAAGGUCUUACUCACAUCAGCUACAGAUUGCGUGGUGUUAAAUACUUAAAUAAAUAUUUACAACUUAAGUAGUUUUUGGGGGUAUCUGUACAUUACUUUACUAUUUAUAUUUUGACAACAAGAAAAUAAUGUAUUUUUUACUCCAUACAUUUUCCCUGACACCCAAAAGUACUUUUUAUAUUUUGAAUGAUUAGCAGGAUAGGAAAAUGGUACAAUUCACUCACUUAUCAAGAGAACAUCCCUGGUCAUCCCUACUGCCUCUGAUCUGGCGUACUCACUAAACACAAAUGCUUCAUUUGUAAAUGAUGUCUGAGUGUUGGAGUGUGCCCCUGGCUAUCCAUAAAUAAAUUUAAAAAACAAUAAAAUCGUGCUGUCUGGUUUGCUUAAUAUAAGGAAUUUGAAAUGAUUUAUACUUUUACUUUUACUUUUGAUAGUUAAGUAUAUUUGAGCAAUUACAUUUACUUUUGAUACUUAAGUAUAUUUAAAACCGAAUACUUUUAGACUUUUACUCAAGUAGUAUUUUACUGUGUGACUUUCACUUUUACUUGAGUCAUUUUCUAUUUAGGUAUGUUUACUUUUACUCAAGUAUGAAUAUUGGGUACUUUUCCACCACUGGUGUUCACACAGUCAUCUGGAACAGCUGGUGCUCUCGUGCAUAGUUCAGUGUUGGUAGCAACGAAGCACGCAUAGAAGGUAUUUAGCUCAUCUGUUAGACUCGCAUCACUGGACAGCUCGUGGCUGGGUUUCCCUUUGUAAGCUGUGAUAGUUUGUAAGCCCUGCCACAUCCAACGAGCGUCAGAGCCGGUGUAGUAGGAUUCAAUCUUGGUCCUUUAUUUAUGCUUUGUCUGUUUGAUGGUUAGUCUGAGGGCAAGCGGGAUUUCUUAUAAGUGCCCCGCUCCUUGAAAGCGGCAGCUCUAGCCUUUAGCUCAGUGCGGAUGUUGCCAGUAAUCCAUGGCUUCUGAUUGGGAUAUGUACGUACAGUCACAGUGGGGACAACAUCGUCAAUGUACUUAUUGAUGAAGCCGGUGACUGAUGUGGUAAACUCCCCAAUGCCAUUGGAUGAGUCCCGGAAAAUAUUCCAGUGUGUGCUAGCGAAACAGUCCUGUAUCUUACCAUAGAUGAACUCUCUUGGUAAAUAGUGUGGUCUGCAGUUUAUCAUGAGGUAUUCUAACUCAGGCAAGCAGAACUUCCUUAAUAUUAGAGAUCGUGUACCAUUUGCUGUUAACAAAGAGACACACACCCCCUCCGCUGAGCUUCCCUGAUGCUGCCGUUCUGUCCUGCCGAUGUGUAGAAAAAACAGCUAGAUUUACAGUGCAUUCUGAAAGUGUUCAGACCCCUUGACUUUUUCGAAAAUUUAUUGAAUUAUUUUUUUACUCAUCAAUCUACACACAAUACUCCAUAAUGACAAGGCAAAAACAGAUAUACCUUAAUUACAUAAGUAUUCAGACCCUUUGCUAUGAGACUCGAAAUUGAGCUCAAGUGCAUCCUGUUUCCAUUGACCAACCUUGAGAUGUUUCUAAAAAUUGAUUGGAGUCCACCUGUGCGAAAUUCAAUUGAUUGGACAUGAUUUGGCAAGGCACACACCUGUUUAUAUAAGGUCCCACAGUUGACAGUGCAUGUCAGAGCAAAAACCAAGACAUGAGGUCGAAGGAAUUGUCCGUAGAGCUCCGAGACAGGAUUGUGUCGAGGCACAGAUCUGGGGAAGGGUACCAAAAAAUGUCUGCAGCAUUGAAGGUCCCCAAGAACACAGUGGCCUCCAUCAUUCUUAAAUGGAAGAAGUUAGGAACCACCAAGACUCUUCCUAGAGCUGGCCACCCGGCCAAACUGAGCAAUCGAGGGAGAAGGGCCUUGGUCAGGGAGGUGACCAAGAACCCGAUUCUCACUUUGACAGAGCUCCAGAGUUCCUCUGUGGAGAUGGGAGAACCUUCCAGAAGGACAACCAUCUCAGCAGCACUCCACCAAUCAGGCCUUUAUGGUAGAGUGGCCAGACGGAAGCCACUCCUCAGUUAAAGGACCAUGACAGCCCGCUUGGAAUUUGCCAAAAGGCACCUAAAGGACUCUCAGACCAUGAGAAACAAGAUUAUCUGGUCUGGUGAAACCAAGAUUGAACUCUUUGUCCUGAAUGCCAAGCGUCACGUCUGUAGGAAACCUGGCACCAUCCCUACGGUGAAGCAUGGUGGUGGCAGCAUCAUGCUGUGGGGAUGUUUUUCAGCGGCAGGGACUGGGAGACUAAUCAGGAUCGAGGGAAAGAUGAACAGAGCAAAGUACAGAGAGAUCUUUGAUGAAAACCUGCUCCAGAGUUUUCAGGACCUCAGACUGGGGCGAAGGUUCACCUUCCAACAGGACAACGACCCUAAGCACACAGCCAAGACAACACAGGAGUGGCUUCGGGACAAGUCUCUGAAUGUCCUUGAGUGGCCCAGCCAGAGCCCGGACUUGAACCCGAUCAAACAUCUCUGGGGAGACCUGAAAAUAGCUGUGCAGCGAUGCUCCCCAUCCACCCUGACAGAGCUUGAGAGGAUCUGCAGAGAAGAAUGGGAGAAACUCCCCAAAUACAGGUGUGCCAAGCUUGUAGCGUCAUACCCAAGAAGACUGGAGGCUGUAAUCCACUGCCAAAGGGGCUUCAACAAAGUACUGAGUAAAGGGUCUGAAUACUUAUGUAAAUGUGAUAUUUCAGUGUUUUAUUUGUAAUACAUUUUCAAAAAUAUCUACAAACCUGUUUUUGCUUUGUCAUUAUGGUGUAUUGUGUGUAGAAUGAUGAGGGAGAGAAAAAAACAAUGUAAUCAAUUUUAGAAUAAGGCUGUAACGUAACAAAAUGUGGAAAAAGUCAAGGGGUCUGAAUCAUUUCCGAAUGCACUGUUAGUACUUCAGAUCAUGUUGAUAGGAUAAUCUUGAACGGAGGUCAUCCAGUUUAUUCUCCAGUGAUUGCACGUUCCCCAAUAGAACAGAGGGUAGAGGCGGUUUAUCCACUCUCCGAUGUAGUCUCGUCAGGUAUCCCACAUGCCGGCAUCUAUAGCCUAACCCUAACCCUAACCCUAACCCGCACACCGGCAUCUAUAGCGCUGUCUCCUCCUUCUUCGAGUGUCAGGGAUUUCGGCUUGGUCCGCGGUAAUCAAUAUGUCUUUUGCCUCCGACUCAUUGAAGUAUAAGUCCUCGUCCAGAUGGAGGUUAGUGAUAGCUGCUCUGAUGUCCAGAAGCUCUUUUAGGUCAUAGGUCAUUAGGCUAACCCGGGUUAGGGUUAGGAAAUGAUGGUGGAAACAUGAUUAUAUUACUAUAUCAGCUGAAAAAAAUAGAGUAAGUAGCACAAUUUAAGCCUUAACCCUAACCCUAACCAAACUAACUAACUAAAACCAUAACCAUAAAACAGCCACCAUUCCCUCUGGCGCCAUUAGACCCUCUUGCGUCAAAUUACAAAUUGAGGGGCUACGCAACUACGCAGAACAGCAAUGUGUCACUAAUUGCAUUAAACUGUAUAGUUUUUAAACUGUGUACAUUUAACUCUCCAUAAGCACUUUGAUUUAAUACCACCUGUCUGUCUUUGUGUCGCAGUGUCUUCAGACAGUAGUUUCCUGGCAGACCCCUUCUCCUUCUCUGCUGGUCUGACCACUCAGUUCUCUGGAGAGUUUGGAACCAUCCGCUUCAACAAGGUGCUGGUCAACGAUGGAGGGCACUACAACCCUCACACAGGUAACAUAGACCACACACACACACACACACACACACACACACACACACACACACACACACACACACACACACACACACACACACAGAGAUACACACACACACAGAGACACACACACACACACACAGAGAGAGACACACACAGAGACACACACACACACACAGUAUUGUACAGCUAACCUUGUGGGGACACACAAUUCAGUCCCAUUCAAAAUUCUAUUUUCCCUAAACCCUAACCCUAACCCUAACCCUAACCUUAACCCAAAAACUUAACCCUAACCCUAACCCAAAACUUAACCCUAACCUAACCCUAGGUUUAGGGUUAAGAACCAAGAAAUUUGAUCAUAUUACUCCAGUGCUAGCUUCCCUACACUGGCUUCCUGUUAAGGCAAGGGCUGAUUUCAAGGUUUUACUGUUAACCUAUAAAGCGUUCAUGGGCUUGCCCUACCUAUCUUUCCGAGUUGGUCCUGCCGUACAUACCAAUACGUACGCUACGGUCACAAGACGCAGGCCCUCCUAAUUGUCCCUAGAAUUCUAAGCAAACAGCGGGAGGCAGGGCUUUCUCCCUAUAGAUCGCCAUUUUAUGGAACAGUCUGCCUACCCAUGUGAGAGACGCAGACUCGGUCUCAACCUUUAAGUCUUAUUACUGAAGACGUAUCCUCUUCAGUAGGUAUUAGGAUUGAGUGUAGUCUGGCCCAGGAGUGUGAAGUGGAACGGAAAGGCUCUUGGAGCAACGAACAGCCGCUUGCUGUCUCUUCCCAGGCCGGUGUCCCCUCUCCACUGGGGUUCUCUGGCCCUCUAACACCCCGUUGCAGGGGCUGAGUCAACUGGCCUUGCCGGGUGCUCUUUCAUGCCGUCCCUGGGAGGGGUGCGUCACUUGAGUGGGUUGAGUUACUGACGUGAUCUUCCUGUCUGGGUUAGCGCCCCCCCCCCCCCCUUGGUUUGUGCUGUGGUGGAGACCUCUGUGGGCUAUACUCGGCCUUGUCUCAGGAUUGUAAGUUGGUGGUUGAGGAUAUCCCUCUAGUGGUGCGGGGGCUGUGCUUUGGCAGAGUGGGUGGGGUUAUAUCCUUCCUGUUUGGCCCUGUCCGGGGGUUUCUUCGGAUGGGGCCACAGUGUCUCCGGACCGCUCCUGUCUCAGCCUCCAGUAUUUAUGCUGCAGUAGUUUAUGUGUCGGGGGGCUGGGGUUAGUUGGUUAUACCUGGAGUACUUCUCCUGUCUUAUCCAGUGUCCUGUGUGAAUUUAAGUAUGCUCUCUCUAAUUCUCUCGUUCUCUCUUUCUCUCUGAGAACCUGAGCCCUAGGACCAUACGUCAGGACUACCGGGCAUGAUGACACCUUGCUGUCCCCAGUCCGCCUGGCCUUGCUGCUAUUCCAGUUUCAACUGUUCUGCCUGCGGUUACGAAACCCCUACCUGUCCCAGACCUGCUGUUUUCAACUCUUAAUGAUCGGCUAUGAAAAGCCAACUGAGAGACCUGAGCCCUAGGACCAUACGUCGGGACUACCGGCCGUGGUGACUCCUUGCUGUCCCCAGUCCGCCUGGCCUUGCUGCUAUUCCAGUUUCAACUGUUCUGCCUGCGGUUAUGGAACCCCUACCUGUCCCAGACCUGCUGUUUUCAACUCUUAAUGAUCGGCUAUGAAAAGCCAACUGAGAUUUAUUCCUGAUUAUUAUUUGACCAUGCUUGUCACUUAUGAACAUUUUUGAACAUCUUGGCAUGGUUCUGUUAUAAUCUUCACCCGGCACAGCCAGAAGAGGACUGGCCACCCCUCAUAGCCUGGUUCCUCUCUAGGUUUCUUCCUAGGUUUUCGCCUUUCUAGGGAGUUUUUCCUAGCCACCGUGCUUCUACACCUGCAUUACUAGCUGUUUGGGGUUUUAGGCUGGGUUUCUGUACAGCACUUCGAGAUAUUAGCUGAUGUAAGAAGGGCUAUAUAAAAUAAAAUUGAUUGAUUGAUUGAUAGCUCCUAACGCUAACCCUUAAUGUAAUUCUAACCCUAACACUAAUUCUAACCUUAACCCUAAACCCUCUAGAAAUAGCAUUUGACCUUGUGGGGACUAACAAAAUGUCCCCAGUUGGACACAUUUCUGUUUGUUUACUAUUCUUGUGGGGACUUCUACAAGAAUCGUUAAACACGUCCACACACACACACAGAGACACACACACAGAGACACACACACAGAGACACACACAGAGAAACACACACACACACACAGACACACACACACACAGAGACACACACACAGAGACACACCCACACAGAGAGACACACAGACUGAGACACACACAGACACACACACACACACACAGAGAGACACACACACAGACUAAUAUAAUCUUUCCCUCCCUCUCUCCAGGUAUCUUCACGAUACCGAUGGAAGGGCGUUACCUGAUCUCAGGAGUUCUGACGUCUCGGCAGGGGGAGGGACUGGAGGCUGUUCUGUCUGUCUCCAACCGUAGUGUCCAUAGGCUGAUGAGCUCCGGGUCUGGAGCAGGGACAGUGGCCCAGGACAGUUGUCCCUGUGGAGGCUCUGUCUCGUUCAGCCUGAUCCUGUCUCUGAGGAAAGGGGACCACGUAGCUCUGGUCCAGACCGCAGGACAGCUGGCCACCACAGAGUCCAGAGACAUCCUAUCAACAUUCAGCGCCAUCUUCCUCUAUGCCCCGCAGCCAAUCACCAGAUAG